UAGCGUUACCUAACUUAACUAACUAGGUCAGUUGGCUAGUUAGCGUUAGCAUAGCUUGUGUUCGUCUUUAAGCCUUUGCAGAGUGGUGCGUUGGUAAUUAAUUAUUUGCGGUGGUCAAAACAUAUGGAGAGUGCACUGAAGAGGUCGUUUGAGGUCGAGGACGUGGAUUCCUCUUCACAUUCUUCUUCUCCUCACAUCCGUCGCACACCCUCAAACCCUCAGCAGCGCAGUGCCAUCUCUCCGUCCAGCAGCCGUCACUACGAGUUCGGCUCCAAUGGCACCAAGCUCCCCGAUACCUCCAAACCCAAAGCGCGGACCCCUGAGCCUGUGUCACGUCGCUCUGAGCUCUCCAUAGACAUCUCAUCCAACAACAACGGCAAAACCAUUGAUGGAUCUCCCAGUGCUGGCAUCGCUCGUUUUGGCCUAAAGAGGCCUGAUGCUCUGGGCCACGGCAAAAUACCAGAAGCACAGAAGCACUCUGUCACGUUCAGCAAGACGCUGGAGACCAUAGCCACGAUUGCCAGGACACCCUCUGCUGUAGUCCCGCACGCCAGCUCCAAACUCCCAGAGACUACGUUUAGGAGGAACGAGCCGCCCAGCCCGGGAGACGGUUCACGCCGGCCAGAGAUCAGCAUUACCAAGGCAGCCAGUCAGGAUAAUCAUCACCAUACACCUGUCACAACAAGGUGUGCAUCACCAAAUCACGCCGGAAGAAAGUCGCCCUGCACCGACGGGCACAAGUCAGAGGUCAUCACCAGUUUCUACGGUAACAUGGCAGACACAGCGAAGACUACACAUCCCCAGCCAGCUGGGCGGCCUGAGAAGGGGGCGGAGUUUGGCUACGUGGGAAUAGAUGCCAUCCUUGAGCAGAUGAGGCGGAAGGCCAUGAAACAGGGCUUUGAGCUCAACAUCAUGGUGGUAGGUCAGAGCGGUCUGGGUAAAUCCACUCUGAUCAACACGCUGUUUAAGUCUAAAGUGAGCCGCCGGUCAGUGAUGCCCAGCGAUGAAGAGAGGAUUCCCAAAACCAUUGAGAUCAAAUCCGUCAGUCAUGAUAUUGAAGAGAAAGGAGUAAGGAUGAAGUUAACAGUCAUUGACACGCCAGGAUUCGGAGAUCAGAUCAACAAUGAGAACUGUUGGCAGCCCAUAAUGAAGUUCAUUAAUGAGCAGUAUGAGCAAUAUCUGCAGGAGGAGAUCAACAUUAGCAGGAAGAAAAGAAUCCCAGAUUCACGCGUCCACUGCUGCAUUUACUUCAUACCACCUACUGGACACUGUCUGCGACCGAUUGAUAUUGAGUUCAUGAGGCAUCUGAGUAAAGUAGUGAACAUUGUUCCAGUCAUCGCAAAGGCAGACACACUCACUCUGGAGGAAAGAGACUUCUUCAAACAGAAGAUAAGGGAGGAUCUGCGAGUCAAUGAGAUUGAAGUUUACCCUCAAAAGGAGUUUGAUGAGGAUUCAGAGGAUAGGAUGAUCAAUGACAAAAUCAGGGAGAUGAUUCCAUUUGCUGUGGUGGGCAGUGAUCAGGAGUACCAGGUGAACGGGAAGAGGCUGCUGGGGAGAAAAACACGUUGGGGCACAGUGGAAGUCGAGAACACGGCACACUGUGAGUUUGCCUACCUGAGGGAUCUGCUCAUCAGGACCCACAUGCAGAACCUGAAAGAUAUCACCAGCAGUAUUCAUUAUGAAGUUUACCGCGUACGCAGACUCAACGAAAACAACACACACCCCAGUGAUCAGCCAAACGGCCACAGCAAUGGAGUCCCCACUCACGAAGUCCUCUCUCAUGAGAUGUAGAAACCCAUCUGUCCUCCUUCUCUUUUUCCUGCCAUCCAUCUAUUAUCCCAUGUUUUUUCUCACUGUGGAAGUCUUUCUUUAGUGUUAAGUUUUAAAAGUAUAAAUCUUUAUAAGUCUUUAUAAGUCUUUAUCCAAAUCUGCAGUGGAUUCCGUUUUGAUCUGUUUACUCGUGAAAUCUAAACCACACAUCUGUUCUCUCUCAGUGUCUUUAAUUGAUCUUAUAUCUCUUUCGUUGCAGCUGUGCAUUACUGAGACAGUAAUAAUCUAAUUCAACUUGAUGAUUAAACUUGUGCUGGAGCACUUGUAUAGUUUCUUUUUUAGGGUUGAAAUGGAUUUUUCUGUAAAGCUUGCAACAGCGGCUAUAAAUGAAAACAUUAGCAUCUGACUGGUUCAAACAGCAUCAUUCAGUCAGUUAUGUACAGGUGUUUUUAUGUUUUUAUGCUUGGAACAGUGUUUUGUUUUCUGUGAUUCUGUAAUUAAUGUAUUUUUUUUACUUUUAGCAUUGUUAUUGCUGCCAAAGUCCUCUAUUUCAUGGUUAUUUGGUGAAGUGAUAUACUUUUAUUUUUGGUUUAAUUGUUGAACUGUUUGGUUGUUUUAAUGUAAUGUGUUUUGCAUUGGGAACUCAGAUGAGAAGUAAAGACUGCGAAUUCGGAGCAAAGCUCAAGGCAACUCAAUCUAAACUGUUGUAUCUGUUGUUAAGUGUUUUUAGUCCUAAAUCAGUUGCUAACACCUUCCUCUUGCACCCUUCCUACAGAUAAUAUAAAAAGGGAUUAGCAGUGCGCUGUGAAAAAAAAAAAAAAUAUAUAUAUAUGAUUUUAUAGAUUUUAUAAUUGUUCUUUAAACAGUUGAUUCUAUGAAGAUUUAGUAGAAGGCUGAUUUGGGACACAGCCCACACUCACCUGCACCUGACAUUAAAGCUGCUUUACAUGCUGCGAAACCUUAAGGUCAUUGUGUGCUGCCAUCUUACUAAAGAAACACUUAAAAAAAAAAAAAAAAAGCCCAAAAAUGCUAAUAUUGUUGACAGCUAGCAUUGAGCAAUGCAGAUAUUACUAGCAUCAACCAGCAGGCGUUACGUAUUUGCUAACUGCCAUGUAGGAAUCCCCCUAAUUGAUAGCUGUGCUAACAUUGCUAGCAGGAACCAGAUAGCAUUAUGCAAAUGUCACCCUACAAAAAAUGCCAUUUUAAAAUGUCCCAAAAUUGCUAAUGUGUGCCGGAAACCAUGUGGGUAUAUUUAAAUGAGACCUACUUAUUUAAUUCUAAGAAUAUUAAAAGUGCUAGCACUAUUAGCAUUAUGUAAAUAGGACUGUAUUCUCUACUGUCAAGGAAUGCUAAAAUUGCUGGUCCAGAAAAUGCUUACAUUGUUAGCAUGUACCUGCUAGCAUUACACGUGUUUUUAGACAUUAGUGCUGGUAUUUCUGUAUUUUUGUCUCAGUGUUGCUGAACUAGUUCAAUGUCUUCUGUUUCUCAUUCACAUGUUAAUAAACCACAUUGACGUGGAAUUUAAGUGCCAUGAGGGAGGGGCAGAGGCUCUGAGAGGACCCCAGAACCAAAAGAAAAUUCUUCUUUCUAGAAUCUUAUUUUUGUGUGAGUGAGCGUGUGUAUUUUUUUUAUUUUUAAAAUGAGAGUGUAUAUUUUCUGUUGUUAAUGUUUCUGCUGCCAUUAUUCCAGCGUUCAGUGUUGUGUUUGCAUUUGCCUCCUGUUUUAAUCUCAUAUUACAGAUUUCCGUUGUUGUCAUUGUCAGUAAUUUUACUGUGUUUGAGGACAGCGGUUGGCGCCAUCUCUGCAUUGAUGUUAAACCAAAUAAAUGUCUUGUUGUAAAUGAA